AUGCGCACGGCCGAGCUCGCGCGCAGGACGCAGACGGUGACUUCUACAGUCACCAGCGUCGUGACAGAGGUUGUACAGGUCCCCAAGGAGGAGAUUAAGGAGCCCAAGGCGGACGCUGCCUUUGUCAUUCUGACGCGCAACAAGGACCUGAAUGACCUCCGGGAGACGCUCAUUCAGCUUGAGGACCGUUUCAACCGCCGCUACAACUACCCCUAUGUGUUCCUCAAUAACGAGCCCUUCAGCGAAGAGUUCAAGGCCAAGAUCAGCAGCGUCUUCGGCCUCAUCCCCACUGAGCACUGGUCUUACCCCGACUACAUCAACCAGACGCAAGCCGCCGAGGUUCGCAAGGACAUGAAAGAGCGCAAGAUAAUUUAUGGCGGCCACGAGAGCUACCGCCAUAUGUGCCGCUACGAGUCGGGCUUUUUCUUCCGCCACCCGCUGAUGGACAAGUACAAAUGGUACUGGCGCGUGGAGCCUGGAGUCAAGUUUGCGUGCGAGAUCGACUACGACCCGUUCCUGUUCAUGGAAAAGAAUAACAAGAAGUACGGCUUCACGAUCUCGAUCAAGGAGGUUGUCGAGACAAUCCCUACGCUCUGGAACACCACGAUGAAGUUCAUGGACGAGCACAAGGACCUCAUUCCAUCCACCAAUAUGCUGGAUUUCGUCACCAACAAGGACGGCGGUUACAAUCUGUGCCACUUCUGGUCCAACUUUGAAAUUGGAAGCCUGGACUUUUUGCGCUCUGAAAGGUACUUAUCGUACUUUGACUACUGGACCGUGCUGCGGUGGGGAGAUGCGCCCGUGCACUCGCUGGGCGUGGCGAUGUUCCUGAACAAGAACGAGGUGCACUGGUUCGAGGACAUUGGCUACUAUCACGGCCCGCUGUGGAACUGUCCCAAGGGCAAGGCCAACGACAAGUGCUGGUGCCCCGAGGAGGAGUCCAUCGAGAUCAAGAACAAGGGCUGGUCGUGCACACUGAACUUUGUCGACCUUCCCAAUCCCAAGGUCUGA